GCUAGAAGACGUUACUCUUCCACCAUUCUUCUCUAACCAAUUCCCGUCUUGCAGCGCCAUUCUCUCAGCCUAUCCUUAACAAAAACAAAAACUCAGACAAAGAAUCAACAAAAAAGGGGGGAAAAUCAUAGAGAAAAACCAUAGAAACACUUGAAGAUCCAGAGCACUUACAGCUGAUAAAUCAUCAUCAUAACUUUCAUCUCCUCUGCAAUGCAUCAUCUGCAUCUCCUAUACUGCAUGAAUUCCCAGGAUCGGUUUCAAGAAUUAUCCCCCAUGGUAUUAUCAUCAUCAUUUUCUCUUCAACGAAAAAUCCCAUAAGAUCUGUGUAUUUAUUCUCUGAUGAUUCCAUGCUUGAAAUCCAUCGUAUCUAAAGGGUGUUCGUAACCGUAAUGAACAUCGUAAUAACCCAUAUCAUUUUUCUGGGAAUUGUGAGUCCUUGUAUUGCAACCAGCAUCAACGCAAUAUCAAGAAAUAAAAAGGGAGGAGAUUUGAACGGUUUCGUUUUGGCUUGUGGCACUAAAAGCAAUGCAAGCGAUCCGGAUGGCAGAUAUUGGAUUCCAGAUGAGAAAUUCAUCAGAUCUUCUUCUCCGAACAAUACAAUGUCAGCCACAGCAGAAUACCAAGACCCUUCUUUAUCCUCAACUGUCCCUUACAUGACAGCAAGAAUCCUCAUGGCAGAAUCCGCAUACUCCUUCCCAGUUUCCCCUGAUUCUCGCCAUUGGAUCAGGCUUCAUUUCUACCCUGCUUCUUACAGCAACAAUUUCAACUGCUCUAAUUCCUUCUUCUCUGUAAAAAUCGGCGGGUUUACUCUGCUCAGUAAUUUCAGUGCUUCAAUCACAGCCCAGGCGCUCUCGCAGGCUUAUAUCAUCAGGGAAUUCACCUUUCCUCCUCUAGGGUUUCCACUCCUUAACCUCACUUUCACCCCUUCAAAAGAAUACAAUGGCUCCUUCGCGUUCAUCAAUGGCAUUGAGGUAAUUCCCAUGCCCGAAAUUUUCCAUUCAGCCACUCCGGUUGGGCUGGCUCAGGACUCCAUCAACACGACGUCUUACUGCAUGCAAUCAAUGUAUAGGCUGAAUGUCGGCGGGCAGUUUAUUUCUGCCAGCAAUGAUUCUGGGCUGACCAGAACAUGGUACGACGAUUCUCCCUACUUGUUUGGCGCGGCUUCAGGGGUCACCAGCAGGGCUAACAAGAGCGUGAGAAUUCAAUACUCCCCAGAUUCUCCAGAUUACAUUGCUCCUUUAGAUGUUUAUGAAUCUUCAAGAACAAUGGGGCCUUCUGCAAAUGUGAAUAUACACUAUAAUCUCACUUGGGUUUUCAGGAUUGAUGCGAAUUUCAGUUAUCUGGUGAGGAUGCAUUUCUGUGAGUACCAGUUGAGCAAAGUGAAUCAGAGGGUGUUCUAUGUUUACAUCAAUAACCAGACGGCGAUUGCAGAGGCGGAUGUGAUUGGAUGGGGCGGAGGCCGAGGAGUUCCGAUUCACAAGGAUUUUGUGAUCUAUGCCAAAGACAGAGAAGGCGGCGGCGAUGAUGAUGAUGAUGAGCUGUGGGUGGCUUUGCAUCCCAACGGAGACUCCAAACCCCAAUUCUACGACGCGAUCCUCAACGGGCUAGAGAUUUUCAAAUUGAACGAUUCUAGGGAAACCCUAGCGGGUCCUAACCCGAUUCCGCCGCCGCCUGUACCGGAUCCGAACUCCCCCGGGCCCGGAUCGUUCGCUCAUUCGGACGCCAGCCGCCGGGGCAUAAUAGUUGGGUCGGUCCUCGGCGUGGCCACUGGCUUCGGCGCAGUCAUCUGUUUAGUGGCUCUGCAGAGGCGGGAAGUUUCGGGAGGAGGGGGAGGAGGAGGCGGCGGCGGCGGCGACGGCGGAGGGAACUCCAGCGGGAGAGGGUGGCUGCCGGUGUACGGAAGCUCGAGAUCAAGCGGAGGAACGACGACGUUGUCCGGAAAGAGCAGCGCAAGCAGCCGGAUCUCGAACCUCGGCGGAGGCAUGUGCAGGCACUUCAGUCUGGCGGAGAUCAAACUCGCCACAGGCGACUUCAGCGAGUCUCUGGUAAUCGGCGUCGGGGGGUUCGGGAAAGUGUACCAGGGGGAGAUCGACGGAGGGAGCACGAAGGUGGCGAUAAAGAGAUCGAACCCGUCUUCUCAACAGGGAGCCCAUGAGUUCCAAACAGAGAUCGAACUGCUCUCCAAGCUGAGACACCGGCACUUGGUGUCUCUGAUCGGAGCAUGCGAAGAAGGCGACGAGAUGAUUCUGGUGUACGAUUACAUGGCCAAUGGGACCUUGAGAGAGCACCUCUACAAGCACAGCAAUCCUCCCCUGUCAUGGAAGCAGAGGCUGGAGAUUUGCAUUGGCGCUGCGAGAGGGCUUCACUACCUUCACACUGGUGCACGGUACACUUCUUGAAAAUAUUCUCAAUCUUUAUAUACGAAGUACUUGGUGCGUCCCGGACCGGACGGUUUGUCCUUUGACUUUUGGAACUGUUCAUCUAAACACUUUGAGUUAUCAAAUUCUCUCAAAGUGUAAGCCUAAAAAUAGUCAUGUGUGAUCUUGUUUGAUUCGUCUUAACAUAUAGAUUAUUAAUAUAUACUCCCUCCGUCCAUUAAUUAAGUUCCCGGUUUGACCGGGCACGCAUAUUAAUGCAUGAUAAAAAUUGUAUUGACUUUCCUAAUUUACCCUUAACAUGUCUACUACCCCAAAUGCUUCUCCACCAAGGACGGAGGGAGUCAAAGCUACCGCGGACGACUCCCUUGCAGCGCCGACAACGAUUUUCCGGCAUUGCCGCCGCUGACUCUCCGGCACCAUCGCAGAUGACCUCUCUUGCACUUGUAGCCACCAUCGCCUCCACAAUCCCCACCCAAGUAAAUCUGUUCUGGAUCUUCUCAUGGAAGACAACACAUCGGUAAAAGAGUAGAUGCAAGGUUUUAAUGGCGUAAAAAGAGCAGAUCUAAGGUUUUGACUGAGGCGGAAGAAAAGAUUUUGCCAAUC